UUAGUUUAUCAAAUCUGCAGAAUGUAAAUUUGACAUGUCCUUAUCAAUUUACCAUGACAAUGGAUAGAUCUGAAAAUGAUACCAAAACACUGGCUGCAUUGAAAACUUCGUUUUGCACACUUGUCUGUGCUAGCUGCCUAAAUACAAUUGAAGAAGAUGAAUACGUUCAAGCACUAGGGCAACAGUGGCAUGCUGAUUGCUUUAGAUGCUCUGCCUGUGAUAUUUCUCUUGCGAACUGGUACUUUGAGAAAGACGGCCUAUUGUUUUGCAGAGAUGAUUACUGGACUAAAUAUGGGGAGGCAUGUCAAAAUUGUGGCCAGAUAAUAACUGGUCCAGUUAUGGUCGCUGGUGACCAUAAAUUUCAUCCUGAAUGCUUUAGAUGUACAUCUUGUUUGAGCUUUAUUGGAGAUGGAGAGUCUUACGCAUUGGUUGAAAGAUCCAAUCUUUAUUGUGGCCCUUGCUACAAAAAACAAGUCCAACCAUUAGCUGUAACAUCGUCCAAAGUCUCACAUUCCAUAAGGUUGGUCGAACUGCCUGCUACAGGUAUAAACAGGCAAGGGAUAAGGCUCACUGUCGAUUCUAUGGUAAACAAUCAAACAGCUAAUUGCCCUCGACUUAGGAUUUCUCAAUUCAUCAUUAAUGUUAUGGGAAAAGUUAUGAAACUGGCGACAUCGAUUUUAGAAGCUGCAAUUGAACUUUGUUGCCUUCUAACGCGCUAUAGGCUUGAUGUUAACAAUGAGCUCAUGUCUUUACAUAUAGGUGAUCAUAUUUUAGAAGUUAAUGGUACUCCAGUUAAAGAACAAUCGUUUGAAAGUAUUGAGAAUCUAAUUAGAUAUUCAGACACUGUUGUUCAGCUAACUAUAGAACAUGACCCUGAUUCAUAUGAAAGGCGAAAAUCAGGAAUACAACAGAAAAUUAACAUGUUUAAAGAGAAAGAUAAAGAACGGAUUCAUAAACGAAGAGAUGAAGGUUAUAUUAGUGGAUCACGUUUAUCAAGACAAUUACGAAGGGGUAGGAAUCCAGAAAAAGAAAGGUCGUCUUCAAUGUCAAGACUGUUAGAAGGACCUUCACCUACUGACAGGGAUUGUGAUUUAUCAAGAACAAGAUCUUUUCGCAUUGAACCCAAGACUCAAAGGAUCUUUCGGGCUUCUGAUCUUGUGAAGGGUGAUCUGCUCGGUCAGGGAUUUUUCGGCCAAGUGUUUAGGGUAACUCAUCGUGACACUGGAGAAGUUAUGGUUCUAAAAGAAUUGUAUCGUGUCGAUGAAGAAGCUCAAAAAAACUUCUUAAAAGAGGUCGCUGUACUUAGGAGUUUACAUCAUAACAACGUACUAAGUUUUAUCGGUGUUCUGUACAAAGAAAAAAAAUUACAUUUAGUUACUGAAUAUAUAAGCGGGGGAACAUUGAAAGAGCUGAUCCAUGACAUGUCAGAAGUGCUACCAUGGAAGCAACGAGCUAAUUUUGCAAAAGACAUUGCUUCAGGAAUGACUUAUCUACAUUCCAUGAAUAUAAUCCACAGAGAUCUCAAUUCUCACAAUUGUCUAGUCAGAGAGGAUAAGUCAGUUGUUGUAGCUGAUUUUGGCCUUGCAAGGAUUGUGUCUCAGAAUGGAACGGACAAAAACACUACAAGAAUGGCAGGUGGCCGCAGAUAUAAUAAAACAAGAUUGUCUAAUUCUCGAUGUCAAAGGAAAAAAAGGUACACGGUGGUGGGCAAUCCAUACUGGAUGGCUCCUGAAAUGAUGAAAGGCAAUAAAUACGAUGAAAAAGUUGAUGUCUUUUCUUUUGGGAUUGUGCUGUGUGAGAUAAUAGGUCGAGUUUACGCUGAUCCUGAUUAUCUACCCCGAUCUCCUGAUUUUGGGCUAAACCAAGCGGUUUUUAGGGAUAAAUUUUGCAACUCUUGCCCAGAACCAUUCUGCAGGAUUGCUUUUUUAUGUUGUGAUUUAAAUCCUGACAAAAGGCCACCAUUUGAACUAAUGGAAACUUGGUUAGAGAGUAUAUCUUUACACCUUGGUGCUGGUGUUCCUAUACCAUCUGAUAUUGAAGUCGAUAUCUUUGAUUAUUCAGGCAGAAGUAAUAGUUCAUCAGAAUCAACAACUCCAGAAGUUUUAACUCCAGAGGUGCACCGAUCCGUUUGCAAAGGCAAUCGAGAUUUAUUGCUCCCAAUUCACGAGAGGGCUAGCACUUCUCCCAAUAUCGAGACCACUGCUUUGUGAUGAUAUAAUUUUUAUUUAAUUAUCGCAAUCUUACCAUAUGCUAUGAUUUAUGAACAACUGUAAAUCUCUUUGGGACUAAAAAAAAGUUACCAACAAUCAUUAAAAUGUGCAAUUUUAAAAUUUAAUUUGCCUUCUGAGCAUAAGUGUUCUGUAAAAAUAAUAAAAUAAGAAAAAAACAAGUUUUAGGACUUAAAUAGAUAGUACAUUAUUUAGUGCUUUCUUUAUAUCACUUUACAGCUUUCAUUAGUAAUUAAGCUAGUGAAUUUCAUUUUAUGUCACAAAUUAUAUUUUUCUUAGAAAUGUAGUAGAAAAUAAAAUUGGUAAAAAUAUUCCUAAUAAGAUGAAAACAUCUCAAAUCACAGCUAAAUUAAUCACCGAUGAACCGAUCAAUAUUUAUAUUUAUGGAUAGUGAUUGCCUGAUAGUUAUUGCAAAAGAACACAAAAAAUGUAAUUGUUUAAUAUGUUGAUGCAUAACCACCAGAUGGUUAAACACGUAAACUGUUACAUAAAAAAUAUAUUUGUUUCAACAAAAAAUUUUUUUUGAAUUAAUCUUAUUUAAAUUAAUUUUAUUAUAUACAUGAUUAAUCAUAAAUUUAUAUAUAAAUAAAUUUCUUUUUCUCAUUUUAUCGGUUCACAGAUGAUGCAUUUAUGUGAGUGAUAAAGUAUUAUUAUUAUUUAUGUAAUUGACAGAAUUGCACCAAAAUUGAUGGUGUAAACUACAAAUAAAUUAAAAGUCUGCAAGUUUGUAUAAAUUUAGAUAUUACUAGUUAAAGGAGUGCCUGCACAUGCAAAAGUUUGCUUGAAUUGAAAUGUAAUUUUUGAAAAACUACAAAAUUGUGACAUAUUGAAUCUCAGUGAUAAUAGGUGAUAAAUUAUUCCUUUUCAGGUCUUGAUUUCUUUUUGCUUUUGCAUGUUAAAAAUCAAUUUUAAGAUUGAUUUGCUAAGACUGAAUUAGAUUUGAAAGAUGAGAUUACAUUUUAAUUCCAUUGUUAACCGUAACUACGUGUAUGUUGAUACAUCACACUGAUAUUCUGUGGUUUGUAGUUAUCAUUCCUUUACUUUUAUCUUUUGACUCACAAGAAAAGUAAAAAUUUUAUUACUUUAAAAUGGGAUAGCACUAAACAUUUAGUAACACUUGAAAAGCACAAAUUUUCAUUUCCAUACAAAAUUUUAACAGUAUUCAAUUUUUUUAUGUACAAAUCAAUUAUUUUUUAAAUUAUUUAUUUUUUAUAAGAAUUGAAUUGUUAAUUAUAUUAAGAAAAUGUGAUAUUGUAUACCCAGUCCCGAUUUUUGUAAAUUUUAUUAUAAAGAAACAAUACUUACAUUGAUAUCACAAUUUUGUACAUUCAUAAUGUUUUUAUUAAUUUUGUAUGUAUGUAAAUGAAUAAAUGU